UCGACUAAAAACAAAGUCUGAAGGGCGGCCUGAACCAUACUCUGUCGCCUUGUAUUGGCAUUUUUUGGCUUAUAUGAGAAAGGAGCAGAUUCCAUAAAUGAAGCCCUUGGUAUAAUAUCCCUCUCGAUGCCACAAGCGAGGAGUGACACGGCGCGAGAGGGGAAGGAGAGAGCAGAGGGGGACGACCGCCGCCGCCACGACCUGAGUCCAGAAAUAGACUUGGCCGAGCGGUGAGGUCGAGGCGUCGGCGAGUCACUGUCAAUGGCCAGCAGGUGAGCCUCGACUCGAGGUUCUUACGGCCGAGAAGGAGGACCAGCAGGAGCGAGGCAGCAGCCAUGCCUGCGGGAACGGCCUCCGCCCGGAAGGGUCGCAGCGCGCCGUCGCAGAGGUCGUUCAAGGCCCCCAUAGAGAAGGGGCGGUGGGCGGCCAAGGGCACCAAGCCCCUGCCCGAGCAGGCGUCCGUCCAGCACGUCCUGAGCCUCAUCGUGGUGCAAGGGUGCCGCAAGGUCCUGUUCAUCGAGACGGAGGUCAAGAUCGCGCUGUACUCCCUCUCGCUCUUCGUGGGCUCGCUGCUCUGCGACUUCCUGCCCUUGCCCAGGAUCUACAUGGGCCAGAGGGACAAUGUCUUCAACGUGUACUUUGUCAAGUUCCUGUGGGUGUGGCUGCUCCUGGUCGUGGGCGCUUUCGUACUCCUGACCAGCGCGACCAUAGGCUGUGGGCACAGGGAGGUCAUCAGGAGGCACAUGUCGCGCCUCCUGGUCGGCACGUGCCUUUGGUACUUCUGGAGUCAGGUCUUCUUCGGGUACGUGGAGAGCCGCACGGGAACCUGCCUUGGACGCGCCAUUAUCAAGGAUAAGUACGAGUGUAAUGGCGGAGGAUUCCACUGGCAUUCGUUUGAUAUCUCAGCCUUUGGUGUCCUCAAUUUACAACCUCCCUUUGGCGUAGGGUCUACUUUUGCAUACAAUUAA